UGCUUAACAGAGCCGCUGGAGUUCCUUUCCCAACUGGAAGCUCUCUGCAAUGGCGGAAGGAGAAGAUGAAGAUUACAUGGGAGACCUCUCCCAGUUUCUACCUCCAGAAGCCUCUGUACCUUCUAAAAAGGUUUCUAACAGUAAACCCGUGGUUUCAAAUUCUACAAACAAGCGCAAACCCCUAAGCUGGCAAGAGCAAAGAAAGCUCAAACGGCAACAAAAGCAAGUUGAAGAGGAUCAACAAACUCUGUCCAACUUAGAAUCGGCAAUUCCACAAUCAAACAUUGGGUUCAAAAUGUUGAAACAAAUGGGUUACACUCCUGGCUCAACGCUAGGCAAGGAUGGCUCAGGCAGGGCUGAACCAGUGGCUCUGGAAAUUCGAAGGGGCCGUGCUGGUCUUGGGAAGGAAGAUUCGAGAUUAGAGAAGGCAAGGAAAGAAAUAGAGAAACUUGAAAGCGAGAAAAUGAAGGAAAAAGAACUUUUGGUAGAGUUUGAGCAUCGCCAAAAGGAGAGGUGGAAGGGAAGGAGGAUUGUUGUCAAUUUUCACAAGGCCGAGGCUGUGUUAGCUCAGUUGGAGAAUAGAGAGGUCGUAGAGGAGGAUAAGGAAGAAGAGGAAGGAGAAAAGGAGGAGGAAGAGGAAGAAGAAAUCAUCACUGAAGAGGAUUUGCUAAAGAUAUUGAUGAAAUUGAGAGAUGAAUAUCAUUACUGUCUCUUCUGUGGAUGUCGGUAUGAGUCUUUGGAAGCACUUGUGGAUAACUGCCCUGGAAUAAUGGAGGAAGACCACUAGACAACCCAGGUGCCCAUACUCAUAAUGUCUUGAAGGGGUGGAUCAUGGGUGCAUUCCAUGGACACUUGAGACUUUUUUGUUUCACUCCUCAAUUCUGAUGAUGGCUCUUUGGCAAUGAAAUGAGGGAGUGUUUGAACUUUCAAGUCUGAUCUAGACCAUUCAUAUGAAGCCUGCUUCUAAGGGUUAAUGAUUCCAGAUGGAGCCACUCUGAAGCUACUUUUGCCUGGUAAAUCAACUGUAAUCCUUAAUUACUUGUGUGUGUGAAGCUACUAACUUUUUGAAGUUGAAACCGCCUUGGAAUUUGUCUUCCUUAUAGUUUUAUACAAAGUUUAUAUUUAGAUGA